AUGGAUGAAGAAAAGUUUUCAGAUGAUUUCCGGACAUAUAAAGGAAGAAACCUGAUCCCAAGAUCAUACUUUCCGAUUUAUGCACUACUGGGUAUCUCUUAUUUGCUAAUUCUCAUUGGUUAUGUGGUGGCCUUCUCCAAAGUCUCAACAAUUUCAUCCGAAUUCAAUAAGAUGAGCCUCGAUUUUUCAAAGGAUCCCCUUGGCCGGGACUUUCACUUGUUCCCAUGUGGUGCUGACAGUAGACAAUGGGAAUAUUUUAGUGGAAAGUGUUACUACUUCUCCCUGAAGUCAAUUCCCUGGCAUGAAGCCAAGGCAGACUGUGAACGCAGACAAUCACGGUUGGUCAUCAUUGAUAGUCUUGCAAAACAGAAUUUCAUAGAGACUCGGACCAGAAAUGAACGUUUUUGGAUUGGUCUCCAUGACCAACAAAGAGAAGGAGAAUGGAAAUGGGAGGAUGGCAGUAGUUACAGAAAUGGCUAUAAGAAUUGGAAGGUAGGUGAACCCAACACCUACCAGGGUCGUGAGGAGGACUGCGCCCAAGUUUGGAUUAAUGGUGAAUGGAAUGAUUUUAUCUGCACAUCCGACAGCCAUUAUGUCUGUGAAAAACCCUUAUCGGCCAAUCCCAACAGUCCAUCACACAAGCUCUGA